AUGGCUGAGAUCGACAACUAUGAGGACAGUAGUGCCCAGACUAUUGAUGAUGUUGAAUCUAGCAAAGAAAAAACUGACAGUGGAGAUGAGGAGAGUAGUAGAGAUAGCCGAGAUACUGGAGAUGAGGAUGAUGAUCCAAUCCUUGCCAAUUUGUGCAAGAGAAAUCUCUGGUUUGGAUAUAUGAAGCUUUUCCUCAUCUUGAUUGUGCAUCCAUACCUCAUACCUAUUGUACAUGAGACAAAACAAAAUUAUAUGGCAACAUUAAAGCUAUAUACAGACGAAGUGAAGGACACAAUUAUUGAUGCCUUAAAGGCCAAUUUGAAAGGUGUCACUGUUCUGACUUCUGCAGUAGAGAACGAGGAGGAUGAAAUAUUGGGAGAGAACAAUUCCAACCAACCUUGUGAGAAUUCGGUUUCGAGUGGACAGAAAAAUAAAGAUGCAGUUAAUGAAGACUAUACAGCACCAACAGUUGAUAAAGAUAGUGCUACAAUUGAUGUUGAUGAAAUCCUUCCAUUAGCAAUAGUCGGUGAAUAUCUUGUUGCAGUUGAUGAGUACUUUACAGAAGAAGUUAAUGAAGUUGUAGAAGAGAUGAAGGAAGGAGAGAAAGGACAAGAGGAGGAGAAGAUGGAAGAAAAAGAAGAAGAGAAGAUGGAAGAGAAGAAACAAGGGGAGGAGAAGAUGGAAGAAAAAGAGAAGAAAUAA